AUGCCUCCGCGCAAAAGCGACGCCAGCCGCAAGAGCAACGUCUCUACCGCCCGAUUCGCCGUAAUGGACGAGGAACCGGCCUCCACCCCGACGACCUCGGGACCGACGCCCGCGACUCCUGCCGCCGCCGCCGCCGCCGAUACCGUCUCCGCCAUGCCCUCCAGCGCGGCUGCGGCUGCGGAGCCGACGCCCGAAACCGGCAAGGCUUCGUCAUCAACACCGCUGACCACGACGGAGAAGGCCGAGAAGGUUCACAAGGAGAAGGUCGAAAAGGAUAUCCUCACCAUUGAAGACCUCAACCUACCCAAGUCCAUCAUCACGAGGCUGGCCAAGGGCGUGCUUGCCCCUAACGCGCAGAUCCAAGGCAAUGCUGUCCUGGCAAUGAGCAAGAGUGCUACGGUCUUUAUUAACUACCUUGCAUCACAUGCUAACGAAAACACCAUGCUGGCCAACAAGAAGACUGUCAGCGCUGAGGAUGUCUUCAAGGCCCUUGAUGAUAUUGAAUUUGGCUUCCUGAAAGAGCCACUGCAGCAGGAAUUUGCCAAGUUCAACCAAAUCCAAUCCGCAAAACGCUCAUCCUACCGCCAAAAGGUGGCCGCGAAGAAGGGCGGCGCAGCAACGGGGGCCGCAGCAGGCGUCGCCGCCGGAGCUGUCGCCGGAGCUGUCGCCGGAGCAGCGGCAGCCUCUGCCGACGACAGCAUCCUCACCACGACUUCGUCCGCCGAUGGCGACGCACCCCGCACCAAGAAGGCCCGCAUGGACGACUCCGCUAUGGCCGUCGAUGAGGAGGCUGAUGAUGCUGAGACGGAGCCCGAAGAGGAGGCCAAUGAGGAUGGAGAAGAAGAGGAUGAAGGCGAGGAGGAAGAAGAAGACGACGAGGAAGACGAGGAGAGCGGCGAGAAGAGCGGCGAUGAGACGCAGGACGCGCUCGAGGAAAAGGAGGGAGACGACGAUGACGAAGUCGAUGAGGCUCUCGACGGAGAUGAGAGUGACUAG